AUUCAUAAUUUUAGUCUGUUAAUUUAUUCAUUUGCAUAUAUUUAUUCAAUUUGUAACACUUAAAACAAGGAAGUCAGUGCGUGAGUAUAAAAUAACGCACGCAUUUUACUUUCCAGUUCAUUCAAGAAACUCAGUUCAUUCAAGAUAAUGUUCUUUGUACUGUUAGGAGCGUUAGUCCUUAUGACGUCGACUGCAGAGGCUUUUGACCCUGGUAAACAAUUGAUAGCCUUGAACGCCCUUUCUGCGUUAAUUUUGCCAGCGCUCACUCAAAAUUUACCCGCUCCACCGCCUGGUCCAGCCAUGGUUAUGAUGCCCCCUGGAAAUAUGAUGAUGAUGAUGGGAAAUGGGCAAAUGAUGUUAUUGCCCACGUUACCAUUUUUCAUGAUCAAUGCCCAAACAGUACCGACCCUACCAUUUUUGCCUACUUUCAGUUUCAACGCGAAUGCUGGUUUAUAGCAUCAUUUCAAAAACAUUAACAAUUAAAAAAUAAAUACUGAAAAAGCUUAAUGAUUAUAUUAUUGUUAAAAUUAUUUAAAAAUCUUAUAUAAGAAAAAUGUGAAAACAAAUCAAAUUAAAAUUUAAUUUACUCCAGAAUUUCAUUCAUGGCAAGAAAUAGCUAGAAAUUUAACAUUUCGAAAUGCAAACAAAGCUAUCGUAAUAAAAUCUAACAACAGUUCAAAAGUUUGUAAACUUAAAAAAUACAGUCGCUACUUUUUCCGCCUGUUGAGCAAAGAUAAACAACUCCACUAUUGUCAGGUAUAUAUUCUCAUGCUUUUAAAAUAGAUACAGCAUUGCUCAAUGGUACGCACAGUGGAAGCAUAGCAAUUCUAAACACUUUUGAUGUUCAUCUCGCUCCUUUGGCUGACGGCGCUUUUGGCAACAUGCUUGAACGGCCAAGAAAUCCUAUUGAAAAAAGUUUUCACGAAUCAAGUUCUCACGGCAAAUGCAAUCGCCAGAUUGAAUCGACUAAGUCAAGCACUACAAGUUCAAAUUCCUCCCUCAGAAAUUAAAUUGCCAGUUCCACUUUUCUUUAAAUCAAUCAAAACUAUUCCAUUUCUUCCUGGGCCACCAGGUGGCCCACCUGGGAUGCAAGGUCCCCCUGGAAUUCAAGGUCCUCCUGGAAUGCAAGGUCCUCCAGGAAUGCAAGGUCCUCCAGGAAUGCAAGGUCCCCCUGGUAUGCAAGGUCCCCCUGGUAUGCAAGGUCCCCCUGGUAUGCAAGGUCCCCCAGGAGGUGGGCCCCCAGGCGGAGGCCCACCAGGCGGAGGCCCACCAGGCGGAGGCCCACCAGGCGGAGGCCCACCAGGCGGAGGCCCACCAGGCGGAGGCCCACCAGGCGGAGGCCCACCAGGCGGAGGCCCACCAGGCGGUGGCCCCCCAGGCGGAGGCCCACCAGGAGGAGGCCCACCAGGAGGAGGCCCACCAGGCGGAGGCCCACCAGGCGGUGGCCCACCAGGCGGAGGCCCACCAGGCGGAGGCCCACCAGGCGGAGGCCCACCAGGCGGAGGCCCCCCAGGCGGAGGCCCACCAGGCGGAGGCCCACCAGGCGGAGGCCCACCAGGCGGAGGCCCACCAGGCGGAGGCCCACCAGGCGGAGGCCCACCAGGCGGAGGCCCACCAGGCGGAGGCCCACCAGGCGGAGGCCCACCAGGCGGAGGCCCACCAGGCGGAGGCCCACCAGGCGGAGGCCCACCAGGCGGAGGCCCACCAGGCGGAGGCCCACCAGGCGGAGGCCCACCAGGCGGAGGCCCACCAGGCGGAGGCCCACCAGGCGGAGGCCCACCAGGCGGAGGCCCACCAGGCGGAGGCCCACCAGGCGGAGGCCCACCAGGCGGAGGCCCACCAGGCGGAGGCCCACCAGGCGGAGGCCCACCAGGCGGAGGCCCACCAGGCGGAGGCCCACCAGGCGGAGGCCCACCAGGCGGAGGCCCACCAGGAGGGGGCCCACCUGGGAUGCAAGGUCCCCCAGGAGGGGGGCCGCCAGGAGGGGGCCCACCUGGAAUGCAAGGUCCCCCCGGAAGAGGCCCACCAGGAAUGUAA